AUGUUCUCCAGGCUGGCCAGCGGGCUCCGCCCGAGCGGGCUCCGCCCGAUCGGCCUCAAUGAGCAGACGAGGAAUGCGGCCACACUCAAGACCCUCUCCAUCCGGAUGCGCGCAAUCAAAAACAUGCAGAAGAUCACAAAGGCAAUGAAAAUGGUGGCAACAGCGAAGUUCAAGAAGGAUAUGAGGACGAUGGAGAAUGGCUUGCCCUUUGCCCAGCCUGUCUUGAACCUUUUUCAGCGCCUCCCAGUUGAGGAGAAGGCAGGCCCAAUCACCUAUGUGGCCGUGACCUCUGACAAGGGCCUUUGUGGCGGCGUGAACGCGCAGGUGGCCAAGCAGGUGCGGCUGGGCCUUGGGGCGGAGGAGGCCAAGGGCAACACGGCCAAGAUCAUGGUGGUGGGCGGCAAGGGCGUCUCAACCCUGAAGCGACUCUACGGAGACCGCUUUUCCACGACCUUUGAGGAGUGCUCAAAGGUGCCCUUCACCUUCGCGGCAGCAUCUUUGAUCGCUGAGCGAAUUGCUCUCAGCAAGCCGGCGCGAUGCAAGGUGGUCAGCAACCAGUUCAAGAGCAUGGUGUCCUAUGACACCAUUGCAAGGCACACCUUCACCGUUGACGAGGCCACAACUAUGGACAGAGGAGAAUGGACCAAGGCCAUGGAUGUGUAUUCUUUCGAGCCGUCCAUCUAUGAGGUCUGGCAAGACCUGCACGAGUUUUACUAUGGAUGCGUCAUCUAUGGAAGCUUCAUUCAGAGUACCACCACAGAGACAGCCCAGCGCAUGAACGCCAUGGAGAAUGCCUCCAAGAAUGCUGGGGAGAUGUACGGCAAGGUGGAGCUGCAGUUCAACCGCGCUCGGCAGGCGAAGAUCACCACAGAACUCUGCGAAAUCAUCAGUGGAGCAUCAGCGGUGUGA